AUGAACUGCGAGGAGUGUGGAAGUGGUAAGUUUAUUGAAGUGGACAAUGGUUUCAAAGUUUGUGUAGAGUGCGGAACUCAUUUAAGAGGAUAUCAAGCAAUUACAGACGAGGAAUACAUAUGUGGUUCUUUGCAACAAAGGCGCGGAAGAAAAGUUAAAGGGAAAACCCACGAUUCAUUGGAAGCUUCCUUAAAUGCGUCCUUACAAGAUGACUAUAUUACGCAACUGAAGCGAUUGUUAAAAGUACUGCAGUCGAUUAUUCAGUUACAAGUUAAAGCUCUGAUUUCUUUUGGCUGCACAACUGCUUUAGAGGACAGCGCAAAGGGCAUUUGGACAGUCUAUAUAGCUUCCUUCGAAAAUGGCAUGCACGACGAAUUUUUGGCCAAACUGCAGACAGUUGCUGGGAGAGGGCGUUCUUCUUGUUUACUCAAUGAUGCCAGCGCUCUGAGCGAGGAUGGCGGCAAAGAAUCUUAUUUAUCGACUACUGGAAAAAGUACAACUGCAGAAAGUAUGUACUCUCUCUCUCCGAAUCUGGAAUUGACGCUGGUUGUAGUAUACUUGGGAGUUUUGUACCUUCAUAUACCCCUCACAGCUUUGGAUUUCUGCGAAACUACCGUGCACAGCAUGGCUCUGAAAAAUGCGAUACCCUUUUACGACUCUUGCGUGGAUCACCCGGAAUUCCGACUGCUUCAUCCUACUCAUAAACAACGAUUACUUAAAAAAAACGUUUUGACUUCUAGAUACCUUCACAAACGAACGACUUUGGUCGCCAAGAAACUUGGCCUAAGUCCACCGCCUCUUAACUUUUUGCCUUUGGCUUAUCGUUACGCGAGAAAGCUUAUGUUUCCUUCUGCAAUAGCGCAAGUUGCGCACGUUCUGCACCAAAAAUCUGGUGUUGACCGCUGCUUGAGAGUAACCUCCCCUCCGCGUGUUAUAGUCAUUGCAUGUCUCAUUAUUGCUGUAAAACUCUGUUACGGCAGCGAGUGUGAAUACGAGUACGGGAGCGACUCCUUCUUCGAAGAAGUGGCAGGCCCUUUUUCUUGGGCGAGUUGGUUAAGAAAAAUUUAUCAGAAGAGUUUCAGUGGAGGCGAAAGUCCUGCGCUCUGCGCCCGGGACUUGAGGUCUAUAGUUUAUAAGAAGGGCUCUUUUAUUUUUUAA